GGAGAGGCCGGGCGCCUCCCCGCGGCCUCGGCGCACGUGCCUGGGCUGGGGCCAGGGCGAGUGGCCGCGCCGUAGUAGCUGGGGCGGGUGGGAGCGGCUGGCUCCGGGCCGCGGCCGCCGCCCGCCCGCCGGCUCCGGUGGUUGGGCGGAGGAAGCGCGGGACUCCUCCUCCCCACCGUAUUAACAUGCACCCAGGGGCGGGUGACCAGCCCAGCCUCGCCGCCCCAGCUCGGCGCGUCCCGGCGCUCAGCCUCCGCGCCAGAGGCGAGCGCUGCGCUCCGGGCGCCGCAAUCCCGAGGACACGGCCUCUCCGACACCUCCGGCCCGGCGAAGUCGGCGGCAGCAUCGGCGGGAGCGGUCGCAGCCGCCUCUGCUCCUCUCUCCGUUGCUUCCCGUCUCCUCGCUGAGACCCUGUCCGGGCCGCGGGGACACCCUUUUUCGUCCUCCCCCCGAGGCUCGUGGGACCGACGGACGGACGCAGGGAUCCAGGGCCGGACUGCGGGCAGCGGCAAGGACUUUGUGAAUGGUGCUUUGGAGCACCUUCAGUGGUCAUUGCUCAUCCCUCUUCCCGGUACACUUUCUGGAAGGGACCAGCACACAUCCAGUUGACUCACGUCAAUGGGGUCGUGGAACAGAUCACGCUCAUCUCACUGAGAUCAGAACAGCUGAGCAUUACCUACCACGGAUAACAUCAAGUUAAAAACUGCAAAGUUUGGAUCUUUUCCUGCCUUAGAAGCAAGAAAAAUGGAAAACUGAUCGUCAAAGGUCUCUGCGCAAGACGGGGUGUGGAACCUAACCACGGGGUGUCCAUGACCCCCGAGGCUGCAGCCCAUCAGCAAUGAAAGGGUUAUCGGGCAGCCGCAGCCACCACCACGGGGUCACCUGCGACGCGGCCUGCGACUCGCUGUCGCACCACUCGGACCGCAAGCCCUACCUGCUGAGCCCGCUGGAGCACCACCCGGCCGACCACCCUUACUACACUCAGCGGAACUCCUUCCAGGCCGAGUGCGUGGGCCCGUUCAGCGACCCGCUGGCCAGCAGCACCUUCCCACGCAGGCACUACACCUCGCAGCAGGAACUGAAGGACGAGUGCGCCCUGGUGCCCCGCACGCUGGCCGCCAAGGCCAACCGCAUCCCCGCCAACCUCCUGGACCAGUUUGAGAGGCAGCUGCCGCUCAGCCGGGAUGGCUACCACACGCUGCAGUACAAGCGCACGGCCGUGGAGCACCGCAGCGACAGCCCCGGCCGCAUCCGCCACCUGGUCCACUCGGUCCAGAAGCUCUUCACCAAGUCGCACUCCCUGGAGGGGCCGUCCAAGGGCAGCGUCAACGGGGGCAAAGCCAGCCCCGACGAGACGCAGACGGGGAGGUACGGCAAGCGCAGCAAGAGCAAGGAGCGGCGCGCCGACCCCAAGGCCCGCGCCAACGCCUCCCCGGGCUGGUGGAGCUCCGACGACAACCUGGACGGCGACGUGUGCAUCUACCACGCGCCCUCGGGAGUGAUGACCAUGGGCAGGUGCCCCGACCGCUCGGCCUCGCAGUACUUCAUGGAGGCCUACAACACCAUCAGCGAGCAGGCGGUCAAGGCCUCCCGGAGUAACAACGACGUCAAGUGCUCCACGUGUGCCAACCUGCCCAUCAACCUGGACGCGCCGCUCCUGAAGAAGAGCGCCUGGUCCUCCACCCUGACCGUGAGCCGCGCCAGGGAGGUGUACCAGAAAGCGUCGGUUAACAUGGACCAGGCCAUGGUGAAGUCAGAGUCCUGUCAGCAAGAGCGCUCCUGCCAGUACCUUCAGGUUCCACAGGAUGAAUGGACAGGGUACACCCCUAGAGGUAAAGACGACGAAAUUCCGUGCCGAAGAAUGCGGAGCGGCAGCUACAUCAAGGCCAUGGGAGAUGAAGACAGUGGUGACUCUGACACAAGUCCCAAGCCUUCUCCCAAAGUUGCUGCGCGAAGAGAAAGCUAUCUCAAGGCUACUCAGCCAUCCCUUACAGAACUCACCACACUCAAGAUUUCCAAUGAACACUCCCCCAAACUCCAGAUCCGGAGUCACAGUUACCUGAGGGCAGUAAGUGAAGUCUCCAUCAAUCGAAGCCUGGACAGCCUUGACCCUGCCGGCCUGCUCACAUCACCAAAGUUCCGCUCUAGGAACGAGAGCUACAUGCGAGCCAUGAGCACCAUCAGCCAGGUGAGCGAAAUGGAAGUGAACGGGCAGUUCGAGUCCGUGUGUGAAUCCGUGUUCAGCGAGCUGGAGUCGCAGGCGGUGGAAGCCCUGGACCUGCCCAUGCCCGGGUGCUUCCGCAUGCGGAGCCACAGCUACGUGCGGGCCAUUGAGAAGGGCUGCUCCCAGGACGACGAGUGCGUGUCCCUGCGGUCCUCCUCCCCACCGCGCACCACCACCACCGUGAGGACCAUUCAGAGCAGCACCGGUGUCAUAAAACUGAGUUCUGCAGUUGAAGUGUCAUCUUGCAUUACAACAUAUAAGAAGACACCACCUCCAGUCCCACCCAGAACUACCACGAAACCUUUCAUUUCUAUCACAGCCCAGAGUAGCACAGAGUCUGCCCAGGAUGCCUACAUGGAUGGACAGGGCCAGCGAGGAGAUAUUAUCAGCCAGUCUGGACUGAGCAACUCCACGGAGAGCCUGGACAGUAUGAAGGCUCUGACAGCCGCCAUCGAAGCUGCAAAUGCCCAGAUCCACGGCCCUGCAAGUCAACACAUGAGCAACAACCCUGCCACUGUCACUACCACGACCACCAUAGCCACUGUCACCACAGAGGACAGGAAGAAGGAUCACUUUAAGAAAAAUCGAUGCCUUUCCAUUGGGAUACAGGUGGAUGAUGCUGAAGAGCCUGAGAAAACAGGGGAGAAUAAAGCACCCAGUAAGUUCCAGUCCGUAGGAGUGCAAGUAGAAGAAGAGAAGUGCUUCCGCAGGUUCACUCGAUCCAACAGCGUGACGACAGCCGUACAGGCCGACCUGGACUUCCACGAUAAUCUGGAAAACUCUCUGGAGUCUAUAGAGGACAAUUCGUGCCCCGGCCCAAUGGCCAGACAGUUCUCCCGGGACGCAAGCACCUCCACCGUCAGCAUCCAGGGCUCAGGAAACCACUACCACGCCUGCGCAGCCGACGACGACUUCGAUGCGGAUUUUGACCCUUCGAUUCUGCCUCCCCCGGAUCCCUGGAUUGACUCGAUCACCGAAGACCCCCUGGAGGCCGUCCAAAGGUCGGUGUGCCACCGGGACGGCCACUGGUUUCUGAAGCUCCUCCAAGCAGAGCGGGACCGCAUGGAAGGGUGGUGCCAGCAAAUGGAGCGAGAAGAGCGGGAAAACAACCUGCCGGAAGACAUUCUAGGGAAAAUCCGAACUGCAGUGGGCAGUGCCCAACUUCUCAUGGCCCAGAAAUUCUACCAGUUCAGAGAACUGUGUGAAGAAAACCUGAAUCCCAAUGCUCAUCCAAGGCCCACUUCCCAGGAUCUGGCGGGGUUCUGGGACAUGCUGCAGUUGUCCAUAGAAAAUAUUAGUAUGAAAUUUGAUGAACUUCAUCAGUUAAAGGCCAAUAAUUGGAAACAGAUGGAUCCUCUUGACAAGAAGGAGAGAAGGGCCCCUCCUCCAGUGCCAAAGAAGCCGGCGAAGGGCCCCGCGCCGCUGAUCCGGGAGCGCUCGCUGGAGAGCUCGCAGCGCCAGGAGGCCCGCAAGCGCCUGAUGGCCGCCAAGCGCGCCGCGUCCGUCCGCCAGAACUCGGCCACCGAGAGCGCCGAGAGCAUCGAGAUCUACAUCCCCGAGGCGCAGACCCGGCUCUGAGCUCCCCGCGCGCCCCGCCGCGCCGCCUCCGCGCUCCGUCCUCCCUCCGCCCCCUCCCCGCCCUCCGAGCCCGUCCGUCCCGGAGCUCAGUGACUUCCACUGUCGCGGUGUAGUUGUCGGUCUUGCAGGAGCCGCCCCCCUCCCCCCAGUAGCCCCAGCCGCCCGGACCGGUUUGCCCACGUUCUCCACCGAGCUUCGCCACCCGUACGGACGCGUCACCCACCUGCCUCAUCCAGAGAGCCGGCCUUUCUUUUCUCGGCAGAACCAAACCCACCUGUGUAGAAAUGGCCCCUUUAGGUCGCCCACCAUCCUCAGUUCUCCCAAGCUAGUCUGUCCCUAGAGCUCAGCAAUAUAAAACCAUAGGGUAUUUCAGAAAUCCAGUAGCACAGGGUGAGCCUUUGGGACUUAACCGUCUUCCACGUGAAGGAAACUAGGGCUCCGAUUCCCUUUAUUUCCCCUAAACGGUUAUUAUUUUGUCAAGCAGAUGGAGCACUUUAUUUCCAACCUCAGAAAUCACGCCAUCUCACCGGAAUCGAUGAGUGACAAUCCUAGAGGGGACGAAGUGGGGCUGGAUAUGUAGUGGGGAAGGGAGGAGCAAACUCUGCAGGUGCUGGGGCUUACCUGCUUCACUCACAGCUGCACAAACUGCCUCACUGUUACUCCAUCCAUCACUGCUUCAAAUGUUUCCAUCAGCAGAAGAUUGUAAAUUCGAUCUUUCAGGGAAAUUAAUCUAUUCUGAAAGGCAAUAAAAUGAAGAAAGGCAAGGAAGCACUGCUAGUUUAAGAUAUACUACAUAAGGGAUUUUUUUUUGUCCUAUUAUUAAGAAAAUUUAGACCUGAAAUGUUUUAUCAACUUUUACUGUACUAUGUGUAUUAUAUUGUUGUGAUGGUGGGGGGUCUUUAAAGGGGAAAGCGUUGGUCCUCUUCACGUGUUAGUGUCCAUCCUGGGGGGCCUACCUACUACGCAUAUAAGUACACACCUGGUCAAGAAGUGCUGUAAGUGGCAGCGAGGGUGUUUUCGGAGAGAAGUUUGGAUUUUCCUGUCACCCUUUGAAUGCUACACAUCCAUCUGUUGUAACCCGGUAGUUUGUAAUGCAGACAUAUUUUCGCCUUUGGUCUUCUCUCUCUCCUACCCAGAGUCCCACCAGUCUCCAGCAUAAGGAUUUCGUCCUAUGUCAAACCGAUAAAAUAAAUUCUCUACCCAAGUAGACACGCGGCCUCGUUCCAAAGAGCUGCCCCUCAUCUUGAGGUCCCAGGUGGUGAGAGAAGAAAUUUGACCUCAGCAGUUCAGCAGUCACGAGGAAGGGGGGAAAGUCGUGAUUCAUAAGCACUGAAAGAAACCCAGGCUUUUGGCAGAGAAUGUGAAUUUACACUUUUAGUCCUGACGGAUGGGCAGUGUGCGCUAAGCAACUAGCUGAAGUUAUCUUUAAACGCCCUUACUCGUAGCAGUUUAAACAUUUAGGAUGUGGUGAUCUUAAAGUAUCACUGACAUUUUAUGUCCAGCUCCCACUCUAAAGCAUUAGAAAUUACCCUUGAAAAAUGACAGACUAAAAACACACAUCAAAUAAGCUUGCACCAGAACUUUUUUUAAAAAAUAUACUCUCGUAGCCAGGUGCUAAUUUAUUUAUGAAAUUAAGAGAAGUGAUGGGUUCUGGCAACAACUAUUUUCAUGGUCACAUUCUAAAACCACUAGGGAAUUCGCUACCUCUCAGAGCCACUGAUGCUUUGAGCUAUCUUUAUAAACAGGGCACAAAUGUUUACUGCUGUGGUUUACAAGAAAAGGGCUACUAACCUAUUUAAAAACCAACCAACCAACUUUUAACUAGGGUGGACAAAGCACCUUGAGUGCUUUGCAAAAUUGGAGCUGACAGAGAUUUUGAACUUCAAGGGUUCGCUUGUUUUAAAAAGAAUACACCUUUUCUUCAGUUUGUAGCAGCAACGGAAGGUCACACAAAGUUUGCAGCCAGUUAAGGCCAUCUGCCACCUUGGGUAGCCUAUAGUCCCAUUCAAUCCUGAACUUGGAACUCAUAGAUUGACGUGAAGGAAGCGACAUCCAUCGGAAGACCCAUGUUCCCAGCUACAGCUCCGUGCCCUGAGGUAGAGAGAAGAUUGGGAUUAAGAAAUCGAUUUCUAAUACGACUCAAGAUCAUCCUACAGUAUUUUCUUUGGAAACCGGUUUAGCCCAGGAUAUUUUAAAGAGAGACAAGAGAAGGCCUAUUUAUCUUGUCUAUGUGAAUGGUAUUUGUAUAUUCAUAAGCUAUUUUUGGUAAGGAUUUUAAAUCUUUUAGCUGAAUGCCUACAGGCAUCAUGACCCUUGCCUUCCUUAAAACACAAAUUGUACAAACACUUUAUAAAAAGCUAAUUAUUGAUCUUAAAACACGACCCCACAUAAAGCUGCUUGUUAACCACUUGCCCCCUUAAGCUGACAUCCAUGAGCAUAACCUUUGUCACAUUGUUCUUUUUGAUGUAAUUUGUAGAUAUGUUUUUUAGUUCAUAAUGGAAAAUGUAUGUACCCUGAAAAAUUACUUAUUUUGUUUAACUUUGGUAUAAAGCUGUUUGGGCAUUUUCUUGGGGAGGGGGGGAACUACAAAAGAAGUUUGUCUCCCACAUCAAAAAACGUUCAAAGAAAUUAAGUAUUUAUUAUAUUUUUUGCAGAUGUUUCCAUACAAUUCACAUAACCUUUUUGUAAAGAGAGAUGAAGAAAUGGAUUAAAGAUUUUUAAUAUUUGAAAUGGUAAAUAGAACUAAUUUAUUUGUAAUAUAUUUCUGUUAUUUAUAGAUGUUUCCUUAAUGUUUUACUGUGCAUUACCACUUUAAUUUAAGCCUUAUCCUUGUGAAUUUGCCAUUUCUUUUUUAAAACAUGUCUAGAUGCAUAUUUUAAAUAACUGGAAUGUAAAUCACUAGCAUAUCUGAAUUCCCAAUGUAAUUUUUAAAAAUUAUUUUGGUUUGGAAAAAAAAGAUUCAUUUGAAAGCCUUCAGAUGGAGGGGUGGGGAACAUUUUUAUGGCUUUAUGAAGUGGAAUUUCAUAGGCUUAUUUACCUAGAUUGUGUGUGGACAAAAAAAAGAAAAAAACAAACUGUAAAUAGAUGAAUGUUUCCCAUAAUGUAAAAAGAAGAAAUUAAUAAAAUAAUUAAUGCACUGCU